GGUGUGCUGGUAUUCGGAAGGACAGGUAGCCGGAAUGGCCGCUGAAGCGCCUGAACAGUGUAAACAAUAGGAGCUACUGAGACUUCUAAGCAGUUAGCACACUUUGAGUAGAGACUCACUAGGGAAACACUUUGACGUGGAUGAUUUUUUUGUUUAUCUCGAGCGUCCAGAACGGAAGGAAGAACGCCAGAGGAAAAGCAGAGGCUGUGGUUUAUCGCUAAACACGGACUGAGAAAUGGGAGAUAUUGAUGCGGAUGAAGAGGCCGGCUUUCCUGUGGAAAGAGACCAGCAGGAGGAAGAUCAGAAGGAUGAUGAGCAGAAAGGAUGCUGCGACAGGUUUCACUUCCACGUCUCCAGAUGGAUGCUGCCAGAAGAUCUUAGAGAAACAUAUUUGGAACGCGCCAACUGCCUGCCACCGCCUAUCUUCAUCAUCCUCAUCAGCAUAGGAGAGUUGGCAGUUUUCAUCUACUACGCGGUGUGGAAGCCUCAGAAGCAGUGGGUGACGCUGGAUCAAGGCAUUUGGAACAGUCCCCUCACCUACAAACCAGACCACAGGGAGGAGGCAUGGCGCUUCUUAUCCUACAUGUUUGUACAUGCUGGGAUCCAGCAUAUUGUGGGGAAUCUGGUUCUGCAGCUGCUGCUGGGUAUACCGCUGGAGUUGGUCCACAAGGGCUUUGAGGUGGGGAUGGUCUACCUGGGUGGCGUUCUUGCAGGUUCUCUGGCCAGUUCCAUUUUUGACCCGUACAGUGCUCUGGUGGGUGCCUCUGGAGGAGUUUACGCCCUCAUUGGUGGAUACCUCAUGAAUGCUUUAGUAAACUUCAGGGAGAUGAUUCCUCUGCUGGGAAUUUUUCGCAUCUUGGUGAUCGUCCUUAUCGUGGGAACAGAUGUGGGCUUCGCUCUGUACAGAAGAUUUCUGAGUGAUGAGGCUGGAUUGAAGGUGUCUUUUGUGGCCCACAUUGGUGGAGGAAUAGCAGGCAUGACCAUCGGCUAUGUUUUCUUCAGUAACUACAACCAGAAACUUCUGAAGGACCCUCGCUUCUGGUUCUGCAUAGUGGGCUACAUCGUAUUCUUGCUUUUCGCUGUUCUCUUCAACAUCUUCCUCUCUCCAGCUCCUUACUAAGGAAGUGUUUACAUCCCAGACAGAUGUUCAAGGUCACAGUACAUGCGCAUGUAUGUACAGUGGUAGGUUUAAGUUUUAAACUAUAGUUUUUCCCCUUACCCCAAAUCUUGUGGAUCAGAAAAAAUCUAAUUUUAAACAGUUUUCCACUAACCUCAGAUGUAUUCAAGCAUCUAAGGCAUGUUUGGAAGAACUUAGUGCUAAAGUAAAACUUCAGUGCUAAUGUAAACAAGUAAAGUUUGGGCACCAAACAUGUCUUGGCUGAUCUGGAAAACUGUGCGACAUUGAUUUUUCAACAAACCUUAUUCAAACAGCUCAUGCUGUUACUUUCUUAUGUGGUUUCUAACACUGAAUGACACUGUUAUCUAUAGAAAUAGGCCAAAGUAUGUUAUAAAGGUAAAAACAAUAACUAUCUUGAAGCUUGAAUUUUGCUUUAUUUGCUUUUACAAUUUACUUGUUACCACAUGAAGUAAUUUUUUUAAUCUGACAAGCUAUUUCUACAGUGUACACCAGAAUACUCAAAAUUCUGUUUUCAGUGCUGUUUUUAGUGAAGCUCCAACAUACCUCAACAAAAGCAGCUACAGACUGCAGGUAUUUACAAAACAUGUCAUGUAGCCUAGCGGGUAUUUUGAUAUUUUAUACUGGUCAUGAAAAAUUGUUAACAUAUAUUUUUAAUUUGUGGUGCUAUUUGUUUUUUAUGUUGUACCAUCAUACUAAACCUAUAAGUGGACUCUACAGGGUGAAAGGGUUUGUGUAAAGUAUCUCAAACUUAAGGCUAUUAGUUGAGGCCAUUAGACUGAAUCUGUGUAGCUUCUCCAGUGGCCAAAGGCUCAGGUGUGCUGUGGAGGGGCAGGGAACAGGAGCUUUACUUGCUAAUAAUUCAUAGCACUUUCUCAUAUUCUUUGUUUCCUCAUUUCUUGUAAUCUGCUCCUUUAUUUAGCAUUUGUUUUUGGUUGGUUAAGUCAGGGAUCCCUCAAAGUGACAUGUAAUCAGGUUUCAUUGAGGAUUUAAAGAUUCUUUAUUAACACGCUUGGAACACUAUGUAAACAUUAUUGAAGUUGCUGAGUUAUAGUUACAGUUCAGUUACAGUUUGAAUUCAGCAUGGUUGUGAUAUCACAGCCAUUAACAUAUUUACAUUCAUCCUACAUUAAUUUAGCUCACCAAUUCAUGUUGAAGUGUUGCGGAGUGUUGUUUCUGCAGGCAGUCUGUAUCAGAGUUAUUGGAGUGGAUCAUGUUCAUAAAACGAUUAACAAUUGUGCUGUUCUUGGCUGUCAGGAAGCAAGCGGGUCAUUACAGAUCCAAGGAUCUGUACAUCUGAACAGAGUGGCAGAAAUUUAUUCUCUUGACUGUUUCUAUCUGAAUUUGGCAAUUUCUUCCAUAUAUUUCCAUACAGCUUUUUUGAAUGAGGAUAACCAGUCAGAAAUAUGGAAUAUGGGCCCUUAAAUAUCUAAUAUUCUGAUGUUUUUUUUUCUGUAUGUUAAUGAGCUAUUUGAGGUGUAUGUGUGUUGAUUUGGCACAAAAACCUGGGGAACUAGUAGCACUCCAGGACCAUCCCACCAUGUAGGAACACUACCUUAAAACAGCUAGUUGCUUCAAACAGCAGAGGGCAGCAUUUAUGCUGGGUUUACAGGCAAAUGUUUUCCAUGUUUUAUACAGUCUGAGGUGUUUGCUGUGUAGUCAGCAGGUUGUGCUGUUGCAUAAAGAGUUGAUAUGAGAUUAAUAUGAAAUUGUGUCAAAUCAUUGAUGAACAGGUGCUUCUACAAUUAUUCUGUGUCAACACUGUUUCCCUCAUUAUAUCACUGUAUAAAAUGGUUAUCUAAAGAUGGGUUGUUGGAGUUUUGGUGGAAAAGUUUAAUAACACUUUUCUAUUAUCUUGUAAAUGUGUCAGCCAUUUCUACUACUGGUAUUUUUAUUAAAAGACAUUUUCAAGAA